CUCCACCAUGGCGUAUAGAGCAUUUCCGCUCUUUCUUUCCCUUUCUUUUACCAACGUGCGAGUAUCAAGUAAAAGAUGCCAGCCCCGGUUGCAAAGAAGCCAGCAGCUAAAAAGCUGCCCGCUGUUCCAGAAUCUAAAUUGAAGUUCAGCAAGAAAGUAGUCAGCAAACGUGCCGCUGAAACGAAACGUCGCUUGAAGCGUGCUGCUGUCAUUGCCCUGCGCAAGAAGGAGAAUCUGGUCCGUGCCGAGAAGUACCAAAACGAGUACAUUAAGGCAGAUCAACGUGAAAUUAAGUUGCGUCGCUUGGCCAAGAAGCGUAACCAAUUCUACGUGCCAGCCGAGGCUAAAUUGGCUUUUGUCGUGCGUAUCCGUGGUAUCAACAAGGUUGCCCCCAAGGUGCGUAAGGUUUUGCAAUUGUUCCGCCUGCGCCAGAUCAACAAUGGUGUUUUCAUCAAGCUGAACAAGGCCACCGUCAACAUGCUCCGCAUUGCUGAGCCCUACAUUACCUGGGGUUACCCCAAUCUGAAAUCGGUGCGCGAAUUGAUCUACAAGCGUGGAUUUGUCAAGCACAAUCGUCAGCGUGUCCCCAUCACCGACAACUUUGUGAUUGAGCGUAAAUUGCGUCAGGCCCACCAGCUUCAGUGCGUUGAGGAUUUGGUCCAUGAAAUCUUCACCGUUGGCCCCAACUUCAAGUAUGCCUCCAACUUCCUGUGGCCCUUCAAGCUAAACACCCCCACCGGUGGCUGGCGCAAGAAGGCCAACCAUUAUGUCAAUGGUGGUGACUUUGGCAACCGUGAGGACAAGAUCAACAGAUUGCUGCGCAAAAUGGUUUAAGCACUGGAUGUGAAAUGAGAGACAACUAACUGUCCGGAGCAAUAGUUUAAAAACAUUUAACGGUCUGUGGCACAGUGAAAGAAGAAUAAAAUAUACAAUUUUUUUAAACUUCUAAA